AUGCAGUUGAAGUUCGCAAUCCUGACCGCACUGGUUUCGGCAGCCGUUGCUGGUGCUAUUCCCGCCCCCGAGCCUGAGGCUCAUCCCCCCAACCGUCCUGAAAAACCACAGCCGCCUUCCAAGCAUCACCCUUAUCCUCCGCCGCCUCAUAAGCCUCCUCCCCACAAACCACCUCCUCCAAAGCCGCCUCCCCAUAAGCCUCCUACUCAACCCCAUCCUCCGCCUCCUCACAAACCUCCUCCUCAUAAGCCGCCUCCUGAGAAACCUCCUCCUCACAAGCCUCCUCCCAAACCGUCCCAACAUCCUCAUCCUCCCAAGCCGAGUCCUCCUCAUAAGCCGCCUCCUGAAAAACCUCCUCCUGAGAAACCUCCUCCCAAACCGUCCCAACAUCCUCAUCCUCCCAAGCCGAGUCCUUCUCACAAGCCCCCUCCACACAAACCUCCUCCCCAUAAGCCGCCUCCUCAUAAGCCACCUACUCAUCCUCAACCCCCUCACAAGCCACCCCCACAUAAGCCUCCUCCCCAUAAGCCGCCUCCUCACAAGCCGCCUCCCCAUAAGCCUCCCACUCGUCCCCAUCUUCCUCACAAGCCCCCUCCUCAUAAGCCGCGUCCGCCUCACAAGCCACCCCCUCAUAAGCCCCCUCCCCACAAGCCGCCUACUCAUCCUCAUCCCCCUCACAAGCCUCCCCCGCAUAAACCCCCUCCCCACAAGCCGCCUCCCCAAAAGCCUCCUCCGCACAAGCCCCCACCCCACAAAUGCCUCAAUGACGUUGACUAA